AUGAGCACACCAGCAGACGGCGAUAUCUACACGCCCUUCUACUACUGGGACAAUGUCGCGAACAAAUGGGAAUUUGAUUACGAUUCGUUCUACAAACAACACGGAUACCCCGAAUCGUCCACGACUAUUAAGCAGCGCGCAGAACCUACCAGUGCCGAGUUGUACCAGCAGCAACUGCAAUCGUCGGUCUACGACUAUGUACCAACACGUUCAGGUCGCAGCACACAAGUCAAGGUGGCAGGCAACCUAAAGAAGGGCGAGAAACGUGAGACUGUCCUUCGCCGUGCAGCUGGCAAAUUAUGGGAAGAUCGCUCGUUGCUGGAAUGGGAUCCUUCGCACAAGCGUCUCUUUGUCGGCGAUCUCGGUAACGACGUGUACGAUGAGCACUUGACCAAAGCCUUUGAAAAGUACCCUUCGUUCGCUAAGGCACGUGUCGUCCGCAAAAAGAGCGAUGGGAAGAGCAAAGGCUACGGCUUUGUGGCGUUUGCCGACCCAGAAGACUUCCUCAAGGCCUGGAAAGAAAUGGACGGCAAGUACAUCGGCUCGCGGCCAUGCCGCCUGAAAAAGGCCGAAGACAAUAUCGCGCCCGUGGAAAUCGGUGCGAGAAAGGACAAGUUUUUAGCGGCGAAUGCCAAGUACAACGACUAUAUGAACAAGGCAAAGCGCGGAGGCACCGUCGGCCGGCACUUGCCUAGGGCAUCUGGUCUGCCCAAGCCGUACAGCAAAAAGUAG